AGAUACCUGUCUCUACCCGACACGAAUUAGCUCCACUGGUCACGGCUUUUACUGAGAAUAAGCGGACGAUUUAUAUAUAUACUAGAACGAGACGGCCGUCCAGUGCUUCCAGGUUUCCAAUGGUGGUCUAACAUAAAUCGGUUCGUGAUCUGAAUGAAAAACUCAAUAAUCUGCACAAGCCCUAUACUGAUAAAUAUAUUAUUUGUCUAGUAAGCUUCAACUCCGGGAUUUAAACGAGUGAUAAUCUGUACGCACUAUGUGUUCCAACACAAUAAGCAGGACAAUUACACGGAAGUAAAAACUGCCUUCAAUGUUAGUUAUCUGUUAUUAGAUGUUUUAUCUAUUAAUUCAGAUUUUUCAAAUAAAUUCAAACUAAGAAGACAGAGGCUUAGAUCACUGAAAGCACGAUCUAUUGUACUAAAUUCUGUUUAAUGAGAAUUCACGUCCUAAUUCGUGAAUGAGUUUUGAAAUACCACUGGAUAGGUUUUGGGUGGUCUAGUCAAAUGUGUUUAUUUUAGCAGUUGAUGAUAUCGAAUAGCGUAGUCAUCGUCUUGUUUGAUUGAUUUGAGGCUCUCGUAAUGAACAAUAAUUUUCUGAAAAUGUCACUUUCCUCGAAGUUGAGCUGAAGGUAAUUUUUGUAGUUCUUUGUAAUGUGAUCACUAGUAUUUCACCACCAGUUUCUAUAAAAGGACAUUAGUACCAUACUUUUAGCUUGCAGAUGGAUGAAGUGAAGUUUACCAGAUAAGAGAUUUUUUGAGAUGCUGAAUUCACUUGUUAUUGAAGUUGUAUUACGUACCGAUAUCUUUUUUAUUAUAUGUUAGACUGAAAUCUAAUAGGGCUAUUCGAAAGCUGUACGUAUCCAAAAUUGAAAAACCUGUAAAUUCAAAUUUUUCCAGUAUUCCAAUAGUGAUAUUUUUAGUUGCCUACUGUCCUACUUUUUUUUUAAAGUUUGUAGCGAGCCAUCUUUAAAUAUUUUUAUAAGUUCUUACCACUAAAAAUGUUUGGAGAUGGCUCACAACAAAUUUGAGGAGAAGUGAAGAUGAUUUUUCAGAAUAACGUACAUGGAAAACUGUCAACAUCGGGGGCGAAUAACGAGAAUCACGAACAUAUGAACCUCCUCGUCUCUCUUUGCUAUAACGACUUCACUGAUUUUCCAUUUUUUCACUUUUACUUUUUAGAUCUAUUUAGUUUGAUUGCAUCAAGAACAGUUUUAAUUUUCCGACCAUAUAUUAUUUCUGUUAGAGAAAAAUAACAAAUAUUACCUGGGAUUUCACUUAUUUCUUUUCAUGCAAUUCGAUUGAAUUUCCACGCGUUCAAAGCUGGAUCAGGAAAAGCAUGGCUUAAACUACAAUUAAUGGAACAUUUUCUUUACGCUCUCGACUGUUAGAGUCAAUGAUAUUAUAGGUAGCAAUGCCAAGUUUGGACUUGAUAGUUGAGGAUUGGGUAGAGAGUUAAUAGUAAAUAUGUAUUUUGUUAUAUCUCAAUGAGUAGAUUAAUUGUAUUUCUCACGUUUUGUGACUUAAUAUACGCCACUUCUUCAGAGUAAAUAAAUAACCGAAAUUAAACAAAACUUGGAGAAAUUAACCGUAUGGACCACAUCUACUUGCUCCCAUAUAGUGUCAUGUUUGAGGUUGAUGAGGCGUUGAAGUCCUGUUGUUGCUAUCUGUUUUGUCAUUUUAAGAUCUUGUCCGACAAAUUAUGGAACUGUGCAUCGGUAUAUUCACAAGACAAAUUCCGUCAUUUAAAUUGAUUAGACGUUUUGUAUUGGCUUUAAAUCUUCCACUUUCUCUAUGAACCUUACCGAUGUAUAUAUAUUUUACAAUCAUCAGGAGAAGACCCCAACUUUUAAAUGCAUCAAUAACACAAACAUAACACCGAGUAGGUAGGCUCUAGUGGAUUGUACCAAUAACAAACUUGAGCGCUCCCCUUGUACCUUAUGUAUCACUAAACUGUGGGAAUAUUAUUACUUAAAAAAACACAACUCUUUAUUCAAUUUAGAAGUAUAGCGAGAAAGCAGUUAAGUGAUAUUUGAUGAUUAUUCCAAAGAUAAUAGAUUAUUCAGUAAGGUUAUUCAAACCACGUAGCAGUGUGAGUUAAAAUGCAAAUUUGAGAAUUUUCUACUUCAUCGAUCAACAGCUUAAAAUGCUUAUUUCUAAUUUAAUCAGUAAUUUCAAAAAAACAAUAACUUGCAAAAAUACGGUAGAUUUGUUAAUUUCUGCCUUAAAAUGUCUAAAAAAUCUAGGUUGAAUAGAAAUCGGUGGCCAACAAGUUAUGUGUGUUGUGUUUAGAGAUUGAACAGAUCAAAACUCCACUACUACACAAGUCCGUACUAUAAUCUAAGCAACCAAUUAGUACUGGUAUUUUGUUUAUCAAUCCAAUAACUGCCAUCCAUUCAUCAUAAAAAACAAUAUACUGUUAGAAAAUAAUCGUUAUUACUACUUGUUAAGAUAUUUAUAUUUAUUUAUUUCCCAGUCAUUUGAACCUGUUAAAAGUUCCGGCAAUUCAAAUUCAUUUAAAUAUGUUUGGUCUAUGCCGGAGAAUAUAGAAUUCGUCACUACUUUAUAUCGAAAUGAAAAAGCAAUUCAAUUUGAAGAAAAAGAAUGGAUAUGUCAAAUCGAAGAUGUUGGGGCUAAAACUUCAGGUUUACUUUCGGCAUCUACACCAUCGGUUAGACGACGUGUACUUGCCACCAGACAAAUCGAUAUAGCCGAAUUCGUCUCAGAUUUACCCGUGCAAACAAAUCUCAAAGUAGUCAUGCGUCUCGCUUCUAAAAAGUUAAUAUCUGCUACAGUUCUCCUUACGUUAAAUUCCGUUAUUGUAAAAGCUGGAGAAGCCACUGAUGAAGAUAUGAUAUCCAUAGCAUCACUCAUGUCAUUAAGUCGUACUGGAAGUUUUAACGUUGGCAGUGGAGUAACUAUUAAUGAUCUAGGUGGUGUCGCAGCAUUUUCACCAACAACAGCGAGGGUCUCUAACGUGGAUGAUUUUAAUUCACAUUCCUUUUCAAAUAGUACUUUUCAUACUGAUCUUAGUGAAUUAACUGCUAAACUACAAUCUUUGGAACGACGUCAAAUAGAUCCCCUUGUAGAAUCUCCUAUAAAAGCAAACGGAAAUUUUUCAGAUUAUUCUUCAGAAUUAGAUAAUUCCAAAAUAACUCUAAAUAGUUCGAAGACCCAAGAUUCACUCUCAUCUACGGUUGAUGAUAUGUUGACAAAACCACUUAUUCCUACUUUUGAUAAAAUAAUUCCUAAUUCAACUGAAUUAAAGCCUAUUUCAACUCAAAGUCGAUAUGAUUUACUUCUAUGGUGUCAGUUGGUGACUAAAUCUUAUGACAAUAUACAGAUAGUUGAUCUUACUACAUCAUUCCAGAAUGGAUUAGCUUUCUGUGCUAUCCUGCAUCAUUUUUUUCCCGAUCGAAUUGAUUACGACUCAUUGUCGUCGGAGAACCCUCUACAAAAUUGUCGCCUGGCAUUCGAUGUGGCUUCUAAAUUGGGAGUACCCCGUGUACUUGAUCCAAGUGAAGUAGUUUCUAAAAGUCGUUCACCUGAUUUGCUCAGUAUGAUGACAUACCUCCAUCAAAUCCGUACUUUUUGCUGUGAACGAACAAAAAAUAAUUAUGAGAACUCUCCAUGUACAAAUGAUAACUUAGUAUUAAAUGGGAUCUUUGAACAAUGUAUCAAAACCAACAACUCAGAAACGAAUCAUAGUUUGCAGAAAAUUGAAAAUCCGCCGGAUGAAAACUCAAACAAUGCUAAAAAUAAUUUAACUAAUCCAGAUAAAGCUGUUAGAUCAACACCUAAAAAGAAAAUUCCUUUAAUGAAUUAUGAACACAUGUUGGCUAAAGCACGUAGUCUCUUGCAACAAUCACGUCUAAAUUACUUAGCACCAACAAGUCGACCUGGUGCUUUACCGCCUUUAGCGCAUCCUCGUAAACCACAUCCUAUAUCUGGUUCAUUGACAGCAAUUCAUUCAGUAGAUGAAAGUUUUAACCGAAAUCCAGUGACAGAAGAAAGUUUAACGAAUAUUACAUUAACUGAUGGACAAAAUCAUCGAUUGACUGAUACAAAGUUAUGUACAAGCACAAUAUGUAUACCGAAUGUUGAUACCUCAUUAAAUCCCAUUUCUAAGCCAUUUCGAUUUUCAACGAGUAAUAUUUUUCCAACACUUAGUAAACCACCACAGUCAACUGUUGAUACAAGGUUUUCUCCGGAACAAAUGAAAGUUAGACGUCUACGUCUGUCACAAAUGAAUCUCUUUGCUUCGGGUCGAGGUAGUGGUGCACCAAUACCUAUACGUAUUGGUGAACAUCAUUUGGAUAAUAAAACGGAUAACCGAACUCAUGUCUCCACUUCUAUCAAAAAUCAAGGCUCUUUAGUCAAUAACAGUUCGUCUAAUGCACUUCUCUCCGUUUCGAAUUAUAUCAGCAAUGAGCAGGCUGAAUUAGAAGAGGCACAAAAGGAGUUAGAUAAAGAAGCAGCUGUACUAGAGCAGCGUUUACGCCAACAAAUGGCAUACGAACCAGGCACCACAUUAGAAGAAGAAUUGUUAAGACGAUGGUUUAUUUUAGUCAAUAAGAAGAAUGCCCUAAUUCAUCGGGGCUUCCAGUUGUCUAUAAUGGAGAAGGAAGAUGAUUUGAAAAAGAAAAUGAAAAUGUUGCAGGAUGAAUUACGAUCGAUUUUAUCCGUUGAAGAUUAUUUGAAAACAGAUAAUGAUAGAAGACGAGAAGAUCUUCUUUUACAAGAUCUUGUACGACUGGUCAAUGAACGUGAUGACAUCAUUCAGGAAUUGGAUUUGCAUGAGAAAGUAUUAGCUGAAGAACUAGAACUGGAGCAAAAUGCAGGUUAUAUGUCAUAUGGAAGGCGUAGAAUCGACAAAAGUUGUGUACUACAAUAAUGCUUAACUUAUCCAGACAAGCAUGUACAAUGGGCUGUGAUUCAUAAUAGAAAAUAUGUUUCACUAACCACUUCUGUUCGAGGUUUAUUUACUCAUUGAUGUGUACAUCGAUUCCUUUCGAAAAAAAAGUACUAUUACAGUCUCUUUCAGCGCCAUAUUUCAAUUACUGUCUCAGGCGAUCACUUUUUCGUGUAUUUUCCCCAGAUGUCAUUUAAUCAGUCUUUUUCUGACUCCUGGAGUAAACAAAUUGUGAUGUUACUUUUCAUUUUCUUGGGACUGCUUUGUGUUUUGAAAAAGUUCCUUGUGUUGUUAACUUUUAUUUCAUAUUUACUUAAAAUAUAUCAAAUUAUUUCGAAAACAGAAUGAUUGUAACCUGUCUUAUACUGUUUUAUUUAUCAAUAAUACGUUUUAUGUAUAUGUAGUCAUUAUUAUUGUAUAUUUCUCUUUUCUUUCUUGAGAGUCUAUUAUGGAGUUCGAAUUGACAAUAAUACAAGUUUAAACCAAAGU